UGGCCGGAGAAAACCCACGCAUGCACUGGGAGAACAUGCAAACUCUACACAGGGAGGGUUGGGAUUGACCCCGGGUCCUCAGAACUGUGAGGGCAACACUUUCCAGCUGGGCCACUUUGCCAUCUAAUAAUGGAAUAAUAAUGGGAAAAAAUGUGAUGGUAAAAACAAUAACGAUAAAGGAUGAGAAGCUUUCCUCUACAUCUAAUCAGAAGGUUAUCGGUACAAAGUCACAAAAAGCUACCAAUAAGCGAAAGGAUGAGGACGACGACUGUCGUGAUUACGCCUGGGAAGAACGGGCCCACGGUAAACUCACCAAACCCACUGACCAACUGGUUCUGACUGAAGCUGAGCUGAAAGAAGACGUCACCAGGAUUCUGACCGCAAAAAAUCCACACGCCCCACAUAAUAUUGUCCGAUACAGCUUCAAGGAAGGUGCUUUCAAGCUGACCAGUGUUGUUGAUCAUAUGGCUGUUCACUUUGUCCUGGAAGAUUCUCUCAUUCAUCAGGACUCAGAUGAGGCUCGCAGGCUGGCAGCCAGUGAAGACCUCACAGAAGAGACACGAUCAGUUGAUAUUGAAGCAGAACUGGAUCACGACAAACCAGAAACAUUGGAUGCAUCCGCUGACGGAGGUGAGGAGGACGACGAGGCUAACGAAGACGAGAGACCAGGCAGUGUUGCCUCCAAAACAAACAAUCAGGAUCCAAAAUGUACAAACCAGUUCAACUUCAUUGAAAGGGCCUCACAGACACUCAAUAAUGCACUGCGGGAAAGAAGUUGCCAGACUGUACCUCCUCCACGCUGCAACUAUUCUGCCACCGCUAGUCAGUGGGAGAUAUAUGAUGCGUACGCGGAGGAGCUGCAGAAGCAAGAAAUGGAAAAAGACAAACAGAGAGCCUUGCAAACAAAGAAAGAUAGUGACAAAAGCAAAACGAAGAUCCCAAACGAGACUCCGAGUGAUGACAUCACCCAAAUGGCUACGGCGGUCACACUUUUGGAAAGAAUGGUCAAUCAGAAUAUAUGUAAUGACAUAGCACAAGAUUUCAAAUACUUUGAGGAUGCAGCAGACGAAUUUAGGGAGCAGGAGGGUACUCUACUUCCCCUGUGGAAGUUCCAGUAUUACAAAGCCAAAAUGAUGUGUGUCACUGCAAUCUGCUGGAAUGAGAAGUAUCCUGAUCUUUUUGGUGUGGGCUUGGGAUCAUAUGACUUCAGCAAACAAGGCCGUGGGAUGCUUCUCUUCUACACGUUGAAGAACUCUACCUUCCCCGAGUACAUCUUUCCUACAGGUUCUGGUGUGCUGAGCCUCGACAUUCACAAGCAACAUUCCAACCUGGUGGCUGUCGGUUUCUAUGACGGCUGUGUGUCUGUGUACAACUUGAAGAAGAAAGGAAUGGACCCUGAAUACAAGAGCAAUGCGAAAACUGGCAAGCACACAGACCCUGUCUGGCAGGUACGAUGGCAGAAUGAUGACAUGGACAACAACCACAAUUUCUAUUCUGUGUCCUCUGAUGGCCGUGUUGUGUCUUGGACACUCAUUAAGAACGAGCUAUUCUUCUCGGAUGUUCUCAGGCUUGGAAGGGAUAAAUCUGUGUUGGGUGGCCCACAGAGUGUGCGUGAGUGCAACACAGUUGGAGGUAUAUCCUUUGACUUCCACAAAAAGACCGACUCUCUCUUCGUUGUUGGCACUGAAGUGGGUAAGAUACACAAGUGCUCCAAGAAUUAUUCAAGCCAGUUCCUGGAGACAUACGCUGCCCACAAUAUGGCAGUGGAUGCAGUAAAGUGGAAUCCUUACCACCCAAAGGUUUUCAUCUCAUGCAGCUCCGACUGGACCAUCAAGAUCUGGGACCAUACUGUCAACACUCCCAUGUUCACAUUUGAGCUCAAAGCUCCAGUUGGUGAUGUAGCCUGGGCACCGUACUCCUCCACCGUCUUUGCUGCUGUCACCACAGAAGGAUUGGUACAUGUUUUUGACCUGAGCAUCAACAAAUAUCAGGCUAUCUGCCAGCAGCCAGUGGUGGCAAAAAAUAAGACCAAACUGACUCACAUUGAAUUUAAUCCUGUCCAUCCCAUUAUCAUCGUGGGAGAUGACCGAGGCUCAGUCAUCAGCCUGAAACUGUCCCCUAACCUUCGCAAGAAGCCAAAGCAGGUGGCACAGCAUCUUCUCAAUGGCGACUGUCCCAGUGUGACAGCUGGAAAUGAUGUUGCAGGCAGUAGGGCCGCCACUGGGAUGUCAAGGCAAGAAGGGUCAAGAACUCCCCGAAGGUCCUGAAGUGGAAAUGGCCAAGAUGGAGAAGCUUCUCAGUCUACAGUGUGAUUCCGAGCAAAGCAGUGUGGGCUAACGUAGCCAUCACAGUUUCCUCAUUGAGUCUGCAUCACGUUCAUUCAGAGUGCAUCAAAACAAGAAUGCCCUGCCCUGAAUGUCAAUUUGUUUUGUAAACAAUCGUUUGCAUGUCUCUCUGUACAUCGUAAUGAAACUGGAAAGUGAAGUAUAAAGAAAAGGGUUUGGGUGAGGAUUUAGUGUUAUGCCAGCUUCUCACAAUUUGAAUCAUUUCAACAAACGUAUUUAACCAUUGAUCGAAUUGUUGUUUGUUGGUUGGUUAGUUAUAAUUAUACUAUUAUUUUUUUUACAGCUUGUACCGUAUCUAAUCAAAUUAUCAUUAAACUCUAUGGAAGGGUAGCAUGUGUUCCAAGAUAUAAUCUGUUAUAUUUUGCUGUACAACCAUAUAAAAAUGUGAGUAUGAAGCUCAUUUUACAAUUCAAUCACAAUGGAACUGUUUCCCCACUUCAGUGUAACUGAUUGAACCCUGCCCAUCUAUUCAUGUCUACCCAAUUCUCCAUGAACACGGAAGUAGCCUGCUAACUAACAAAAAAAAACUGUCCAAAUAUA